AGAGGGAGAGAACGAGAGUACAAAACUCUACGCUGUGAACAGGGCAACUGCCUUCUGGGAAGAUUCUAUUCACUCAAACGCGCACACACACCCCCUUACCCCGUCCUCUACACCCUUCCACCCCCCUCUCUCUUAGUCUACCCAGAGGGUUUUGUUCCUGCGCCGGGCAACUUUUUUUCCCUUCCACUUCUCCGUGUGUGAGCUGUUUUGUUUUGGUUCUCUUCAGCCAGAUUCCUGAAUUUAUUGAAGGAUUCGUUGGACUGUCUGAAGCAUCUCUCCUCAUUUUGAAAUCAUUAUUUGCCUCGGCGUUUGCAGCAUCCUUGCUCGCCGACGGUGGAGGCGGGUUUCUUCUGUCCCUGAGAGGAUUACGAGCAUGUGUUAGAAAGAGCGUGUGUGUGAGAAGGGGAGAGAGAGAGAGAGAGAGAGAGAGAGAGAGAGAGAGAGUGAGAGAGGAACACGCAAGAAGACGAGAGCGAGACGGAGUAUAUUCGUGCAUGUGACUGUGGGGAAAGGAUGGCUCUGUGGCUCUGAGCUGUCUCGGCUCUCACAGGACGUACUCGCAUAACAAGGAACGAAAGACUGACUGACUGACAGACUAACUCCUCUCACAAGAGAAUAUUGUUCUCGUUGCAUUUCUCCCAGAGGCUUAACCAAACAGGAUUUCCGUGAUGCCGGCUGAAGUGAAGCAGGAGCAGAGCCCCAGUAACCAGACAUCACUGGCCAUGAUGCAGGAGCCCCAGGAGGUUGUAGAGGAGACUGUAACUAUAGAGGAAGAUCCCGGCACACCCACCUCUCGUGUUUCUGUGGUCACCUCAGAGGAUGGAACUACACGCCGCACAGAGACUAAGGACAAUGUGACUAAUAUGAAGGUGACCAAAGUGGUUAAAACCAUCACACGACGAACCUUCCAGCCAGUGAUCCUGACCCAGUCCAAACCAUCUACUCCCGUUCCUCCAUCUACACCAACAUCAUCUGAAACAAAACCAGUCACUAAGAUGGUCAAGACAGUGACAACACGGACGGUUCGACAGGUGCCAAUGGGUCCCGACGGCCUUCCUCUUCCAGAGGGCUCGUCUCCACUGGGGAGCUACACCGACUCCAUUGAUCGGCGCUACAUGAAGAACGGCGAGCGCUUCAUCACACCCCAGGCCACUUCCACCCUCACACGCUCUUACAACAAUUACAGCGACUCCUACAAUGACACUCCAGACAGUCAGUUUCGCCAUUACGCCCUUCACGAUGGAUAUGGAGACAUGCCCGACAACUACGGAAGUCUCUCGCGCGGAGUCAACUACAGGCCCUAUCGGCCGUACAUGCCCACUGGAUACCGGCCGGAGAACAGCUAUACUCUCCCCAUCCGCAAGGACGACUAUGGCCAUGUGGCCCAGCCUCAAGUCCCAAUGGGAAGUAGCACCGUGGAUCUCAAUCGUUCUCAGCCUGAGCGCUUCCAACCUGAACCCUAUGGCCUGGAAGACGACCGCCGCAGUCUCGGCCCAGACGACGAAGAGCCGUACGACCUUGAACCUGAUUAUUCUACAGCUAACCGCCGCACGCUGCCUGGACGUACCAUUCGAGAGCCGCUGCGCAAUGGCCCCCGCAUGAGAGGUUACGAGGACCCCAUAGAGGCUGAAUUAAUCGAUGAAAGACACCCUUACAUCCAUGGCAUGUACCCGGCACCUCUUGCCCAACCCGAGAGAGGCAGCAUGGCCAGUCUUGACCGCAUGGGGGGCCGUCGCUCCCCCUCGAUUGACAGUAUCCGCAAAGAUCCACGCUGGAGGGACCCCGACCUGCCUGAGGUCAUUGCCAUGCUAGGUCACCCCAUCGAUCCGGUCAAGUCCAAUGCUGCCGCCUACCUGCAGCAUCUCUGCUAUGAGAACGACAAGAUAAAGAAGGAUGUCAGGCAGCUGAAGGGGAUCCCAGUGCUGGUGGGCUUGCUGGAUCACCCUAAAGCUGAAGUUCAUCGCAAGGCCUGCGGAGCUCUGAGAAACAUCUCCUAUGGCAAGGAUCACGAUAACAAGGUGGCGAUAAAGAGCUGUGAUGGGAUUCCUGCUCUUAUCCGUCUGCUGAGGAAAACCAAUGACAUGGAAGUUCGGGAACUCAUCACAGGAACACUUUGGAACUUGUCCUCCUAUGAGCCACUGAAGAUGGUGAUAAUAAACCACGGGCUUCAGACGAUGACUAAUGAGGUCAUCAUCCCUCAUUCGGGCUGGGAACAUGAGCCAAACGAGGACUCAAAGCCACGAGACGCAGAAUGGACUACCGUCUUCAAGAACACAUCUGGAUGUCUUAGGAAUGUGAGCUCAGACGGUGCAGAGGCUCGCAGACGGUUGAGAGAGUGUGAGGGGCUGGUAGAUGCCUUGCUGCAUGCACUGCAGUCUGCUGUGGGAAAGAAGGACAUGGACAACAAGUCUGUGGAGAAUUGUGUUUGCAUCAUGAGGAACCUGUCUUACCACGUGCACAAGGAGGUUCCAGGGGCUGAGAAAUUCCAAGACCCCUCGGCUCUUCAGGCCCCCGGCUCAACUGGCACUCAGAGGAAGAAGAAAGAUGAUGCAGGCUGCUUCGGAGGAAAGAAGGCCAAAGAGGAAUGGUUUAAUCAAGGGAGGAAAAACGGAGAGCAUGACAAAAACUAUGACACAUUGGACCUACCCAAGCGCACAGAACCCACUAAAGGUUUUGAGUUACUGUAUCAGCCGGAGGUGGUCCGACUCUACCUGUCUCUGCUGACAGAAAGCCAGAACUAUAACACGCUAGAAGCAGCGGCCGGGGCUCUACAGAAUCUCAGCGCUGGACAGUGGACAUGGUCAAACUAUAUCCGGGCAACUGUGCGUAAGGAGAAGGGGCUGCCAAUCCUGGUGGAGCUCUUGCGCUCGGACUCAGACAAGGUGGUGCGAGCUGUGGCCAUCGCUCUGAGGAACCUGUCCAUCGACCGCCGCAACAAAGACCUGAUAGGGAGUUACGCCAUGAGGGAUUUGGUCAGCAACCUGCCCAGCGGACAGCAGCGGCCAGCCAAGAACCUGGAGGAAGACACAGUGGUGGCCAUCCUCAACACCAUCCAUGAAAUCAUCACUGACAGCUCUGAGAACGCCCGCUCUCUCAUUACCGCUCAAGCAAUCGACAAACUUGUGGCCAUCAACAGGACCAGCCAGUCAGCAAGGGAGACCAAAGCUGCUUCCCAUGUACUACAGACGGUUUGGAGCUAUAAGGAGCUGAGAAACACCUUGACCAAGGAUGGCUGGAAUAAAACACACUUCCAGCCGAUAGCGACUGGUACCCCCAAAGGAUCCAAGAGCUGCAAGCCUGGCUACGACGACACUACACUCCCCUUGAUGGAGAAGAACCAAGGCAACAGAGGGUGUAGCGGUGGGGAUAUGAUACCUAUGGACGAACUCGGUCCAGAUGGCUAUUCGACGAUUGACCAGCGAGACAAAGACUCCAAGUACAAAAGCAGCGACGGCUCGUCGGAUCUGCAGGAGCGGGAGCCGUUAAAGAAUGACACAAAUAGGAAGCACUAUAUCAGGAGCAACAGGCCGACUGUCAGUCUGGUGGAUGCUUGUGAUGUUAAACCUCAGCCUGUUGACUCCUGGGUCUAAAUGCAUGCAUGGCUUAGCUCGCAACAGCGCUACAUCUUACCACACAAGGAUUUCACGAGUCACCACUGCCAUUAACCGCAGAGCUCACCGUGAUGUGGACUCAUCCGAAGACUUUUGCCUAAAAGAGCGAGAGAUACAAACUUUCAUUCAACAGCCAGUAUUUUGAGAUUUCUGUGAAAAGGAAAAAAAACAGUUUGAAAAAGAAAAAAAAAAUACCACUUCUCAUAUGUACAUUCCCACUGGACAUAGUGUACCCAGAACUGAGGAUUUGCAGGAAUGAUGGAUGGAUUGAGUGUACAGGAAGUGCUGUCUUGGACGUGGACGUGUAUUGGAAAGAAUUGGAUUGAGGGGGAAGAGGAAAUAAUAAAAAAAAAAAAACUAUUUUUAUGUCAAAACAAAAAAAUAUAUAAUUUUGCCUAUAUUAUUUUUGUUGUACGUUUCUGCCUGAUUACUGUUUGUUUUGUGGAUUUGUUUUCCCCAGAAGUGCAGUGAAUUGUGACUCUUUUUUUUUCUUUUUCAUUUUGUAGAGUUAAUGAAAGUUUGGGUUAUCUAAAAUAGUUGAGGACACUUGUGAAGGAUUAAAAGGAAAGGUUUUUUUUGUUUUACAACGGUGUGGGGACACAUGCAAUGUCCGGGGGGUCUAUAUUGAAAUGCACGCUUUGCGAUUUCUGUGUGCUGGCUUCAUAAAGCAACUUUAAAGACAUAUUAUCACUGUGUUUGUUUCUUCUCACUGAGAACACUGAUAUCUGCUCAUAGCGGAGCUGAAGAGAGGAGAGCUGCUGCGCUUUCAGCCGGUUCGGUCUGCUGAUCCUGUAUUCCCCUUGACAUGUCGAGCUGCAGAGGCAUGCUGGGUAACACUGGCACUUACCAGCUUUUGCUUUGGUUUAUUUAAUAAGGGGUAAUGAGAAAAAAAAGAUCUAUUUGUUAAUAUGUAGAUUGUGGUAUGAGGGAUAGUAGGAGGAUUCACUUGCUCCUGUUGUCAUAAAGUAGAUUUUAAAAGCAUUUUAUAUUUUUGUUGUUUUAUAAAUGUAUAUUAGGUUACAAAGAGAAAAAAGAGUGGGGAAAAAUCACAAUCUUCUUUAUAACAUUAAUAGAUGUUGAAUCCAUAACAGUUUGUUCAGAACACAUUCAGUAUUCCGUACAUGAAGCAUGGCCAUGUUUGUAUAAAAAUUAAUAAUAAUAAUAUAAUAAAAAGAUCAUUGCUUUAGUUAAAUGUUUAUCAAAGGCUGUAGAGUCAUUCUCAUUGUCUAUUUAUAUUUUUUAUUUUUUACAUCUUGCUUUGUUAAAUGGGAGCAUUUAUUUUCAGUGUUCUUUUUUUUUUCUUCAAUUGGAAAACAUGUUUAAAAUGAUCUGAAUGGUUGACACCAGAAAAGACAAGGAAUUACAGAAGAGGAAUCAGGGAUAGACACUACCUUUCAUUUCAGCUCUUAUGCAAGCCAAAAUACUUUGACAUAAAACUGUAUCUCUUGAGUACAACAAAAAAAGCAUGACAAAGUUUUAAUGUUGUUUUCAUUCCUUUAGUUUUAUGUAUUUGUAAAUUGGAUAUUACAAUCUGGACACUGAGAUGAGAAAAAAAGCAAAUGCUGUAAAUGUUCCACCUGUCAAUGUGUUAAAAAAUUAUUAUUUUUUUUUUAUAUAAAUACAUAAAAACGGACAAACACUGACAUACCAAGUAGGAUGAAAAAUUUUGUUUUUAUUCCAGGCUGUUUCCAUGUAAUGUGAGGCAAGCAACACGCGUCUGCUUUAUCAUCUGAUUUCUGUCAUGUGACUCUAUAUAACUCUCUAUAGCAAGGAUUUUUUUUCAUAGUGUUUUAACAGAGACUCCUAAUAACAAAAUAACUGUAAUAAUUUUCACUUUUGAAGAUGAAAUGUUGUGUACAUUCACAUCGAGAUCUUUAGCCUUGUGUAUGUUCAUUAUUAAUAUUUGACUGUCUGUUCCUGACUGCCUUUUUGCAGAAUACAACCAAAGGAUUUUGGUACCGUGUAGUACGAGAGGUUCCCGGAGUGUGAAUUUGCAUCAGAUUGUAUAUUUCUAGAAAAAAAAAAAAGAUGUUGAAAUGGAUACUAUUGUAGAUAUCAUUAAUUCAGAGCAUCAAAAUUCAGUAUGUGUACAACUUGGUAGCAAAUGUGUUUGUAACUAUCAUGUGCCUUAACCUUUUUCCAUGUUAGAUAAAAAAUGAUAAGUGUGUUUUAUAUGUUUUAUUGGUCCCUAACUGCUCUUUCUCUCUCUCUCUCUCUCUAUCUCUGUCUCUUUUACAUACAAACACACACACACACCUCCUCUCUCUGGCUCCUCCCACUUUCACUCACUCUGUGUUCUCAAUGUAGUCUAGACUGGUGGUGGGUUUUUGCCUUGUAUUACAUUGUAUUAUAAACUUUUAAAAGAUAGAGACAUUAAAAGGGUUUGAUUAUAUAGUUGUUAAUGCUUUCCUAGCACUCAAGAACAAUGCCACAGUGACCGAAUGUAUUGUUAAUUUUACUAAUACCCAGAAGAGAGAAUUGCUCUUGUUAAAGAAAAAUCCAGGUUUGUAGAGUAUCACUUUGGUGUGUUUUCAAUAAAUCAUGCCUGAAAACAGUG